CGCUGUUUUUGUAUCUGCUUUAGAACGGAUUCAACCGCCAAGUAAGUUACGUUUUGCUAUGUCACGCAGAGGAAGUUUCAGACCAGUUUAUUUUUAGCAAACUUGAUUGGUGAGAACACAGAUACACAUGCUGCUGGGUAUGUGAUUUGAAAUGAGAGUGCGUCGCUCUUUUUAAAAAAGGAAUUUUGGUCAUUUGUGAGCCGUUGUUAUUAUACUGUAAAGCUAACAGUGAAGUGAAGCCAGGAGCCUGAUGUUUUCGUUAAGCCAAGAGGAGCACUGCGCCCCGUCCAAAGACCCAGUGAAAUACGGAGAGCUGGUGGUACUGGGGUACAAUGGCUCCCUGCCCACUGGAGAUCGUGGUAGACGGAAAAGCAGAUUUGCGCUAUACACGAAGACCAAAGCCAAUGGUGUUAAACCAAGCACUGUGCACAUGCUCAACACAGCCCAAGCCAGCAAGGCUGUGAACUCUAAAGGCCAGCACAGUAUCUCCUACACGCUAUCCAGGACCCAGACGGUAGUGGUAGAGUACAGCCAUGAUAAAGACACAGAUAUGUUUCAGAUAGGGCGUUCUACUGAGAGUCCCAUAGACUUUGUGGUAACGGACACAAUAGCAGGAGGGCAGGAAGGAGAAGAGACUCCUAUCACGCAGAGCACCAUCUCUCGUUUUGCCUGUCGAAUUGUCUGUGAACGUAGUCCGCCCUACACUGCUCGCAUCUAUGCAGCCGGGUUUGAUUCUUCGAAAAACAUCUUUCUUGGGGAAAAAGCUGCAAAAUGGAAAAACCCUGAUGGUCACAUGGAUGGCUUAACAACCAAUGGUGUGCUGGUAAUGCACCCUAAGGGUGGAUUCACUGAAGAGUCCAAGCCCGGCGUAUGGAGAGAGAUCUCUGUUUGUGGAGAUGUUUACACGCUGAGAGAGACCCGCUCAGCGCAGACCCCAGGCAAACUGGUGGAGAAUGAGAACAAUAUUCUACAGGAUGGCUCCCUGGUUGAUCUGUGUGGAGCAACUCUGCUGUGGCGUACUGCCGAAGGCCUCUUCCACACUCCCACCCAAAAGCACCUGGAGGCGCUCAGGCAGGAGAUCAAUGCAGCACGCCCCCAGUGCCCUGUAGGUCUCAAUACCCUCGCCUUCCCCAGCAUGCAGCGCACUCGUGCCCUUUCAUGUCUGGAAGACAAGCAGCCUUGGGUAUACUUGGCAUGCGGUCACGUCCACGGUUACCACAACUGGGGCCACCGUUCAGAGCAGCAGCCCAACACUGAGCGAGAGUGUCCCAUGUGCCGGGUGGUGGGGCCCUACGUUCCAUUGUGGCUGGGCUGUGAGCCGGCCUUCUACGUGGACACAGGUGCACCCACACAUGCCUUUGUGCCAUGUGGACACGUGUGCUCAGAGAAGUCGGUCAAGUACUGGUCAGAGAUCCCUCUGCCCCAUGGCACUCACGCCUUCCACGCAGCUUGCCCCUUCUGUGCCACCCAACUCAGCCCAACUCAGGGCUAUUCCAAGCUAAUCUUCCAAGGACCAGUGGACUGAGCUGAAGGGUCCUGCUCUGGCAGAGAAGAUUAAACAGGAAUGCUGACAUGCUGUGAAAGAUUAUUUUGUGCUUUCUUUCAUUUAUGUAAGCCAGCUCUGGAAAGAAGCAAGUCUUUUUCAGAUUCUGGUCAUAUACUGUGGAUUGACAACAGAGAGCCAUUACAGAUUGUUCAGGGCCCUUUGUGGCUGUUUGGAUGGCCACUGUUGGAUACAGAGAUGUGGAGCCCACUGGACCACAAAUGCACGGCUCUUCCAGAAUGAAAUACUGUUUUAGCUGUCCUGCCAGCCAACCUCUUUAAACAAGGCUCCAGUGCUGGGCUGUAAACUACAAUGCCUGCUGGUUUUCCAUCAGAGGGCUGUAACACUAAGGUUGUAGAAGGAAUGAGUUGAAUUUACUCAUGAAUCAGGCUGAACCAAAUUAUAGCAAGCAGGUGUAGUUGGGUCUGCUGGGAAAUAUACACAGGGGAGGGGAUAUAAUUCAGUUUCUGGUGGGCCUGAAACUUAAGAUUUUGCAGAGCCAGACAGCUGGACUGUUGGCUGAGAGCAAAGCCAGGAGAAGAUGAGGUUUUAAUGGUUAACUAGUUAACGGUCCACACUGAUGUCCUGGUCCUUAACCCUUAAUGGCAUCAAUAUCUUGUAGGUCUCCAGAGUUGGUUUUGGAACAAACUAAGGGAGAGUGGGGGGGUAGGGGGUAGACUUUUUAUGUACAGAGAUCUAAUCCAGUGCCUCAAAUCCCAUCAAACUAUGGGAAUAUUUUUCAUAGUUGACAAAAAAAAAAAUUAUUUUGUUGAAGGUAAAGAACGAGAGUUUUGCAUACAGACGACAUAAGGAAAAUAACAACCCACACGGAUUCUAACACAAGAGGUAUUUUAUUACACUGAGGCCCUUGUACUGUUUUGUAUUGCAAAUGUUAAUAUAUUUUUCUCCAGCAUAUAUAAUGUGUGUGAGAAUGUUAGAGUGUAUGCGUGCCUGUGUGAUUGUGUGCGUGUGGGUUGGACUGCGUGGGCGCCCUCGGGCUGUUUAAAAUUGCCCUGCAUCACUUCACCCCCGAUCCCCAAAACACUACCAUAGAGAACACAGGAUUUAAUACAAGGUCACAGGGCUUGACAAUGAAUGUACUGAAAUGCAUUGACCCACUCCC